CUUCGACGGUUCGCAGUAGCGCUGUUCGUAUUUCUCUCCUCGUUCGAGACGGCAGCUGUCACUUCAAAGUGCGCGUUUGAUGAUAUAUCGGUAGUAACGCGGUAGUGACACGUUUGCAAAUUCUACGUUUCAUUCUACUAUUUUCGGAACGUUAUUGUAAGCUUGUUUGCAUCUCGCGCAAACGUGCCUCCUGGUGACACAGUGAUAUUCAACGUCCAGCAUUUCAUCUGGAUAUUUUUUCACGGUGAACCCAUCGAUUGUGCGUAAUGGAGACACAGAGAAAUUUGUUGCAGCCACGCAACAUAUACAAUCGCAGCACGCGAUACUGAGUUACGAUCGGUGGAUUUCGAUUUACGCGUGAUUUGAUUCGAGCGAGGGAGCUGGAAACGCGCGCGUGAUUUUCGACGUCGACGUUUGGGGAUUGAUCGUUCGCUCCUCGGUUAAUUGCCUUCCAAAAUUUCGCACACGUCGGCGUGCGAUUUAACGGGCAGAUCGCAAAUCGUUUCGCGUUCGCGAAGUAUGGGAAUACCUCGCUGCGCGCGCGAAUUAUAAUCGGCAGCUUUAUUCGCAAAUGCGAGCCACUUCGGAAGUGAGUUCCGGCGCCACUCCCGCUCCACGGCAGUGUUACAAUUCGCUGAGAGAGCUCUCGCGUCGUUUGCGCCGUAUAUAUCUCAGGAUAAGAGAGUAGGAGAAUUACCGUUACGAUUUUGCCGGUCGUUUCCGAGACUCCCAUGCGCUAGAAGUGCAUUCGACGAUACAAAGGAGUUGUCGACGUCGCGCUCGAAGCGGUCGCGGCUCUCGAGAACGAGCUUUGUCGCUUCGGAUGAAAGUAAGACGGACAUCGUAAGAGGAUUUAACUUUAUUGCUGCAGCGAGUCUUGAAGAAAGUGGAAGUUAGCGGAAAGUGAGAGUCUUUUUUCUUUUCUUGAGAGAGAGAGAGGGGGAGGAGAGAGAGAGAGAGAGAGAGAGAGAGAGAGAGAGAGAGAGAGAGCGCUGUGACCGGUUCACAGCCGUCUGGUCGAUUGCAUCGAUCGCGGAUCCAGGGACAGAUGUAAUUCUCUACCUCAGUGGAUUCGUACAUUAUUACAUCAGAUUUGUGUCUGAUAAGAUUGCCAGAGGAUUGACAGUAGGAUUAUCUCUAGUUCGCCGUAACGCCCGCCUUAUUGAAAAAAAUCGACAUGGAUGCCAGUACGGUGCGGUUAGUAAUAUUUUUGGGCAUGUUUCUGGUUUUCGCCGGCGAUUAUAGCGCAUUGAUCGCUUCAAUUUUCGGUAACGCAACGGAGAGGAACAUAACUGAUGCUAUGAGAGAACCCAAGGCUCAACUCAAAGGGCCUCCCCAUCACGAUAAGAUACCCGUUGUCUCGAAAAAAGACAUCGAUAAGAAUAAUGUUGCCCUACGCCGUGCGAAGAUGAUGACAACGAUCAAAACCGCUUGCUUGCCGAAGCUAAUAUGCGAACUCACCAAGUCUGUUCACCAAGACCAAUUAAGUGAAAUGGAGCGAUCUCUUUUAAAUCUUAUAAGAGAUACAAGUCUGAGCACAAUGGCGGAAGUACCAUCGAGAUAUCACUUCGCGGCUCACAUGGGUCAAUUGAUUUCCGGUAUAGAAGGCCAAGGUUGUCAUAACUUUUACCCGACAUGUCCGUUGCCGGGUAUCAGAGUUCUGAACAUGAUGAAGAAGAUUCGUCUACGCUAAGGCAUGAUUAUCGUCUCACUGUCGAAAUCGACGAUUUAAUUAAACCUGUGAUAUUGUGGAUAGGGGAGACCGACGCUAAUAGAGUCAUUUUUCAGUUUUGAAUUUUUACGAACGAGAAAUUAAGAGAUUUAUCGAAAAAAUGAAUUCUA